GGUACAGCAGUAGCAGCACGCUGAAGACUGACAAGAAUUUGCUUCCGCAGUUUUGUUAGCGGGCGAGGUUAAAUGCUUUGUAACUGUACACUGUCGGACUCUAUUUCUUUGAGUAACAAAGUAUUUUCGCUAAGUGUCGCAGCAUGAGUCUGAACGAGCAUUCCCUGCAAGCGCUGUCCUGGAGGAAGCUGUACCUGAGUCGAGCUAAACUGAAGGCUUCCAGUCGGACUUCAGCUCUGCUGUCUGGAUUUGCUAUGGUGGCUAUGGUUGAAGUACAGCUGGACAACAGCUACCCUUACCCACCUGCUCUCCUUAUCGCCUUCAGUGCGUGCACCACUGUGCUCGUGGCCGUCCACCUGUUCGCUCUAAUGGUCAGCACCUGCAUUUUACCUAAUAUAGAGGCCGUGAGCAACGUCCACAAUCUCAACUCGGUGAAGGAGUCCCCGCAUGAGCGGAUGCACCGACACAUUGAGCUGGCGUGGGCAUUUUCCACAGUCAUUGGUACUUUGCUCUUCCUGGCUGAGGUGGUUCUACUCUGCUGGGUUAAGUUUUUGCCCAUUAAGCCUAACAAAUCCAGCAACAGCACAAUUUCCUCCGGUGUGGCCGCUGCCAUUACCUCCACCUCCAUUAUGGUGCCCUUUGGUUUAGUCUUUAUAGUCUUUGCUGUACAUUUUUAUCGCUCUUUGGUAAGCCACAAGACUGACAGACAGUUUCAGGAGCUGGAGGAGCUGUCCAACCUCACCAGGCUUCAAAAUGAGCUUGACAACAGAGGGGACUCUUCUAUCUUGCAGUCGCCAAGCUCACAUUUCCCAUAGUCGGAUACAGCUGAUGCACCUCUGUGGUGGAACUCUUGACUCCUUGGGAAUUCUCCAAGCCAGAAGCUGCAAU